GAGAAAAAAAAAAGACUGAUAUGCUCUCAGAAUUGACUUUAUAAUUCGUAAUUGUGAGUUUUAUAUCAUGCAAUUCUGAGAAAAACAGUCAGAAUUGCGAGAUGUAAACUUGCAUUUGUGAGGAAAAAGUCAGAAUUGUGAGAUAAAAAGAUUUAUUUUUUAUUAUUUAUUAUUUUUAAUAGGUAAAAUUACUUGUGCCUCAGAAUGAGAACACAGAUGCGUUAAUGCUUUCGGAGGCGGAUGCUGCUGUUUGAGAACGCAGUCGUUUAAGAAAUACUUUGACGACGACCAUAACAUUUCAGACGCUGUGCAACGAGAUCGGUCCGCUGCUAGUCAAGUUAUCCCAUCCCAUCUCGUAAAGCCACAUGACAUCGUAGUUUAUGCACAUUUUUUUUCUUAUCGGAUGAAAAGUUUAUCCUUCUCAAUUGUGCACAUAAGUUUUUUAUGCACAUUGUUACUAUUUAUGCACAUCUUGACAUUUCCAUCCGGCGUUGUUUUUUUUAUGCGAUAUUCCAAAAUGUGCAUAAAAAUAGGUGGAUGGAAACAUAGCUAGUGUUAUUAUUUUUACACAGGAAGCAUAAGAACACAUCUGUGUGUGUGUGUGUGUGUUAGUCUGACUGAUUGUGGCGUGUUUUGUCCUCAGGCUGGAGCUCGAGAUGCUGAGUCUCGUCUCUGUGAGUCUCUGCACUCUUGACUCUAUAAGCGCAGUGAUCCAGGCUGUUCUGUGAUGACAGAUGAAGCAGGAGGGAGGAGACACAGCUCACACACACUCACACACACACACACACACACACACCUGACGGAGGCUUGAUUCUUCAGCUGUGUUCAGCAUGUUUGUCAUGAUCAAAAACUGGCUGCUUGGAGCCACCGAAGAGAGCGAGUAUAAACUGCUGAGCACCGAGUGCAAGGAUGGGGUGAGUUAUGAGGUGCGCCGCUAUGACGCGUGCAAGCAUGUGUGUGUGAGUUUGGAGGGGCGGAGCUUCGAUCAGGUGUCAGGUGAUCUUCAGCGGAAGCUUCUCGCUUACAUGAGCGGUGACAAUGAACAAGGUGAGGUGAUGAACACGCCUGUCCCCAUCAUCUUCACUGUGUUUCCACGUGAUGAUGGCUCGUUAAACCGCCGCCUGGGCGCUCUGCGUAUCCCAUCAUCCUUCCAGAUCAGCCCGCCUGCCCCGAUCGACUCGUCCAUACGCAUCGAGGAGCGGCCCGGCAUGACUGUAUACGUCCUGCGGUUCGGUGGUUUCCCAGGCGAGAGCGAGUUUCGCACGGAAGCGUCGCGACUGACGUGUACGCUGGGAGACUCCGCCCCCUUCCAGCGCAAACAGUACCUUUGCUGCAUCUACGACCCGCCCAUCAAACCGUACGGCCGUCGUAACGAGGUGUGGCUCCUGCAGGACGAGCCCUGAGACUCGGAUCGCGGAUCGUAACGGAGCGUGUGGCUAAAAUUACCCAUAAUCCCUUUGUGGCGUGUUGAGUUCUAGUAGAGUACAGAGGAACGCGAAGCUGCGGAGGAAGACCUUAUUUCUAACGCAGCGAUUUGUAUGUUUAAGGCUUCCAGUUAUUUUAGCUGUGCAAAAUCAGCUGCUUGAGUUUUCGUGUUAUCAUGUUAUUUUAAUACACACUGAUUUAAAACGCAAAUAGUUUUACUGUUUACUGCACUUGUUGUUAUUUUCCCUUAGCAACGAAUCUGAAGUCUCACGCUCCAUCUCGAAUCUACACUACUAGUUUUUGAACACUAAGAUUUUUUAAUGUUUUUAAAAGUCUUUUCUGCUCACCAAGCCUGGAUUUAUUUGAUCCAAAGUGCAGUAAAAACAGUAAAAAUUUUGAAAUAUUUUUACUGUUUAAAAUAACUGCUUUCUCUUUGAAUACAUUUUAAAAUGUAAUUUAUUCCUGUGAUUUCAAAGCUGAAUUUUUAGCAUUAGUACUGCAGUCGCAUGAUCCUUCAGAAAUCAUUCUAAUAUUCUGAUUUGCUGCUCAAAAACAUUAUUAUUAUUAUUAUUAUGUUGAAAACAGCUGAGUAGAAUUUUUUUCAGGUUUCUUUGAUGAAUAAAAAGUUCAGAAGAACAGCAUUAAUCUGAAAUAGAAAUAUUUUGUAACAUUAUAAAUGUCUUUAUCAUCACUUUUGAUCAAUUUAAAGCAUCCUUGCUAAAAUUAUCCAUUUCUAUAAUUUCUUUCCAAUAAAUAAAAGAAAAUUAUACUGACUCCAAGCUUUUGAAAGGUAUAGAUUUAACUUAAAUUUACAUUUUAAAAACGUAGUUUCAUUAACUGAUAUGAUGUUAAUAUACCAAACUAUGGAAGUACUGAAAUCUGUUUAGUAUCUUUGUAAUGCACUGAUAACCAAAAGCAGUCGGUGAUGAGAAAGUCACAUGAUGAACCGAAGCCCAUCGCAAGCAGCUUUUAACUAACAUAUGUUAGUUAUUAUAACUAACAUGACACUGAAAUAAUGCAAUAAACAUUAAUUUAACAACAUUAGAUGUAACACAACCUAAUGCACACAACUGAAAAGAAUAAAAUUAAGAAUAAACAUACUGUAAAAAAUGGUAUGAGCUAUCUACUUAAAAAUAUAUGGUAACAAACACGUAAUAUUUUUUUGUAGUUUUUAAGGCUUGGUUUUUAAUGGAAUUUAAUAGAGUAAAUCAUGCAAAAUAUCCUAAAUUAUUUAAUCGAAGACACAAUGAAUUUAAUAUUAACUAUGUCUCUUGAAAUAAAUAGGUAGCCUUCUUUACUUAUUUAUUUUUUCAGUUUAAUCAGUUCCUCAAUUCAAGCCUCAAAACUGCAUAUCUCUUGGUUUUAUUAGUGAAAGGUUCUCAAUAUUUUCUAUAUAACACUGAACCGCAAUUUCUUUAAUGUAAAAUACACUAUUUUUAAAUUAUCACCUUAAAUUUUUAAAUGAAAAUUACAAGACCCAUGAUUCAUUUAGUUACUGCAAUGAAAAGCAUCAAAUGUGAACUGUAACGCAGGGAAUUCUGGGAAUGCCAAUUUAUGUUUUUUUCACUGUAAAUUAUAAUUUUUUUUUUUCACUUCCAAACACUGUAUACUAACGUAAAAUCACAUGUAAUGUCCAAUGCGGUUUUUCACCGUAUACAGUAGGGGAACUUACAGUUAAACCAAUUAAUGGGUUUUCACCGUAGCAUUGUUACAGUCUUUUACCGUUAAAAUCAUUACAAUCAUCACAAGGGUUUUCUGAACUUUAUAAUACAUAUAUAAAUGCAUCAUUCAUUCAU